AUGGUGUUGCGGACGACGACGACCACCACGCCGCUGCCGACGCAGCAGCAGCGUCACCCGUCACAGCAGAGCUACUUCCAUGCGAACGUGACGGCGCUGCGGAGCCUGCAGCACCGGAUGCAGCUGCGGGCAGAAGCGGCGCAGGUGCUGCACACUGAUCCAUCAUCUCCUUCGCUCGGUAAAAGUGGCUCAUCAGCGUCCCCAGCACAGCACCGCCACUGCCAAUGCGGCGCUGCUCGUCCUGCGGCAUUGUCUUCCUCUCCAAAGCCGACCGUAACACAAACAACACCAGCAGGCCCUGGCGCGCCCUUCUCUCAUUGGUCACCACAGCUGCACGCGGCUGUUUUACGAGUCGCAGACUUGGGUGAGGUGGAUAUCACCGCCGGGGCGUGCUGCACGGCGCGGGGAACGACGCGGCGAACAGCAACGGCGCAACUGCCAGAGAUGAGCCACCUUGGCAGUGUAGUCGGUAACGGAGAAGGCGUGCCAGCUGCAGGAAGCUCGUCAGGGGGGUGCGGCGCCUGCACAUGUCGAGGCUGCGGCUGUCUCGACGGGCCCAACGCGAGUAGGGACGAACAGCAGUGCCGCAAUCACCGCCGACAUCGUAGCAGUCAUCGCAAGCGGCACGGCCGCAGCAGCAGCAGAAGGCGCCGUGAUGGCUCGGCCGGCUCCUGCCCGCCUUCUUCUCCCGGUCCGUCCAAGUCCCCCACCGCAACAACGGCUCGGCUGCCAAGCGCCGUUUCACUCCUUGCGACGGCUUCCAACGCGUCACCAGUUGCGUCUCCGUUUCGUGACCAGGAAGUGCUGGAGCGCAUCAUGGCCAAGUACCGCACCCCUCCAACACCGCCCACGGAGUCAGCACAACAGCAGCCGCUGCAUAUCUUCCUCCAUUGCGAAUGUGAAAAGACGGGAGCAGCGCCUGGUGUCACAGCAUUGACGGGGACUUCUGCCUCAGCAGCCGCAGCAGUGGCACCAGGGCUGGCAGCGAAGACAGCGACAGCCUCCACUCCUGCCUCACCCCCGCCACCAGCCGCAUCCGCCCCUCCACCACCACCAGCCGCAUCCGUCCCUCCGCCACCACCAGCCGCAUCUGUCCCUCCGCCACCACCAGCCGUGUCCGUUCCGCCACCACCACGAGCCAUGUCUAUCCCCCUACCGCCACCAGCCGCAUCCAUCCCUCCGCCACUACCAGCCGUGUCCGUCCCACCACCACCACCAGCCGCAUCCGUCCCUCCGCCACUACCAGCCGUGUCCGUCCCACCACCACCGCGGAGCGCGUCUGCGCUUAAAACCCCGCCGGCGAUCGCCGGCGCACGGUCGAGGUCGCGGUCUCCUACUGCGCCGACCCACUCCGCGAUAGACAAGGAGCGGCAGAUGCUGCUGGAGAAGGCUGACAAAUACGUCUGGCAACUCGAACAGGAGGUGCAGCACCGCGCCCUUCAUUAUAACGUCGUGCUGCAGCAGCUAGCGGAGGAGGAAGCACGCAGCGCAGCGCUACGCCACGACCGCGACGCACUCCUGGCACUUAAUGGCGGCCUGCAAGCCUCUCUGGACUACACUCGAGGUAGCAGCAACUCACGGAGGCGAUACCGGCACGGACACUCUACCUCCUCCUCCUCUACGUCAACUUGUGAAGCGACGGCAAUGCCAUCGCCUCAGGGUGUAAUUGAAUCAAACAAAAAAAGUCUGCCACCGUCACAGCAACAGCAGCAGCAGUCGGUGCGUCGUCUCCCACCAGCGGUUGAAUCUGUCUACGCCUCUCUGCAGACCCCCGCGGAUGGUGCUGCAGCAGCAGCACCAUCGGCAGCGCCGUCAACAUCUACCACCUCUGUGCCAGCACCCACCGCAACUGCGGCAGCAGAAGGUCGUGCGAGCGCCACACAAGAAGUGCUCCGACACGUACUGCUUGAACGUGAAGCGGCACUGCAGUCUUCGCCGCGGCCCAGACCAGCGACAGUGGUGGUGGGCACGACAAACAGCGUGCCUCACCAUGGCUACUCCGACGAACUGCGCCGCUACGUGGACCGCCUUUAUCAGGAGGCGGAGGCUGGUGCCGCGCAUGUGCGUCAGGCAAUUCUGCCCACCGUGAUUCCGACGGGUGCCGCCGCAGCGGUAUCGUCCCUCGCGCCCUCACCUCAGCUGCCAGCCUACCAGCUGCAGCAGAGGCAACGCCAGUCGGAGCUAGAGCAGCUCCGGGCAGAGGUAGCGGUAGAGGGAGAGCGCAUGAGGGCCGAUACACAGCGGUGGCGCGCCUACCUUCAGCAACAGCAGCAACAGCAACGGCUUUGA